AUGGAUCGAGUUCGCAGGCUUCUCGAUCGGGAGCAGCCCUAUGAGCCGCUGGAGGGCGGUUCCGAAACUCCAGAUGGCGCCAGAAUAGAGGAAGAGGAGGAGAAAGCGCCUUUCUCAUGGCUGGACUACUCCAUCUUUCUGCUUCUAGGAGUGGCUAUGCUGUGGGCUUGGAACAUGUUCCUUGCUGCCGGUCCCUACUUCCAGGGUCGCUUCGAAUCAGACGAAAGCAUUCUCCAUACCUUCCAAUCAGCCCAACUAUCAACGUCGACGGUGGUGAAUCUGGGCUCCAUGCUCAUCCUUGCCAAAAUGCAGUCCGGCGCUUCCUAUCCCAAACGCAUUAUGGCCGCCCUUCUGGUCAAUAUCGUUACUUUCACCCUCCUGGCCAUAUCAACCCAACACUUCUUGGACAUCUCUGCCAAAGGAUACUUUAGUUUCAUGAUCAUAAUGGUUGCGGCGGCUAGUUUUGGGACUGCGCUCAUCCAAAACGGCGUCUUCGCUUAUGUCACUGCUUUUGGGCGCGAGGAGUACACCAACGCGAUCAUGGUUGGUCAAGGCGUAGCUGGCGUGCUGCCCGCUAUCGCUCAGAUCGUAUCCGUCAUGUCUGUGCCUGCAGAUGACUUGGGAGAUGAGGAGGCCGCCGACGAAUCUUCGAAGUCUGCUUUCGCAUACUUCAUGACGGCAACCGUCAUCUCUGCCUUCACCCUCUUCGCUUUCGUCUACCUUUUGUUCAGACGCAUGUCUGUGCAUCAUACGAAGAGCCUUAGUGACAGCAUUGGCGAUCUGCGUGAUGCAACGUCAGCUCCCACUCGGGAAUCGAUCCCGCUCCUCACGCUGCUACGCAAGCUUUACUGGCUCUCCGCCGCCGUCUUUCUCACCUUCGCCAUCUCUAUGGUUUACCCCGUAUUCACCCAGGAAACCAAGAGCGUCCGCCCUAUCGAAUCCGCGCCGAAGCUUUUCCAACCAGGCUCUUUCAUCCCCCUCGCGUUCUUGUUCUGGAACUCCGGCGACUUGGUCGGUCGCAUCCUGCCGGCCUUUCCGUCCCUCUCUUUGACCUCGAAGCCCAAGAUCGUCUUUGCCAUGUCAGUCGGUCGCCUUGUUUUCAUCCCGCUAUACCUUCUCUGCAAUGUGGGCGGUCGUGGCGCGGCGAUCAGCAGCGAUGUCUUCUACUUGAUCGUUCAGCUUCUUUUCGGCCUGACCAAUGGAUACUUGGGCAGCACUUGCAUGAUGGGCGCGGUCGAAUGGGUGGAUGUUGAUGAAAGAGAGGCUGCAGGUGGUUUCAUGGGACUCUGCUUGGUCGCUGGGUUGGCGGCUGGCAGUCUUGCGAGUUUUGUGGUCGCUAGUGCGCUUUCAUAA